AUGGAUCCUCAAAUACCGUCUUUUACUGCCCAGCAGUAUACAAAUGACAAUAAGGUCCAUGUGCUGCUGGCAGCUGCUACUAUUAAGUUGCCCAACAUUGCAGAGGCGCUAUGUCGUAAUAAAAACAUAUCAGUCCGCAUCCUAGUCACCGAGCCAGAGAAGUUCCUUAUCCGACAGAGCUCGGAACAGUCGGUCCUUGACACUCUGCUUCAAAUAGAUGGCGUGGACGCUAUCUACCGGGACGAAGAUGAAUGGUCUCCGCCGUGGACGCGCGGGGGACCAGUCCUGCAUAUUGAGCUGCGCAAAUGGGCGGAUGUUCUACUGGUUGCCCCAAUGUCUGCAGAUACCAUGGCGAAAAUGACCAAUGGGAUCGCCGAUAACCUGCUUCUCUCGGUCAUCAGGGCCUGGGAUACGACUGGAGUAGUGGAUAUGGAAUUCAAGACUCAGAAACCUAUGGUGUUUGCAGCGUUGGAUAUGGACACCUGUAUGUAUCGACAUCCAGUGACCGAGAAGCAGCUUAAAGUCCUGCGUGAUGAUUGGGGAUGGAGUGAAUCAAACUCCGAAGGCUGGGUGACCGUACUGCCUCCCAUAGAGGAGAGUCAGACCAGCGGAGAUGUCGACACCGGAAACAUGAUGGACUGGAGAGAUAUCGUCACUGCCAUCCAAAACUAUGUGGCGGGAUUGGCGCAGAAGCCAUGA